AUGUCGGAGAGCAACAAUGCAGCAGACACAUCCCUCCAGGCUGCAAUCCAAUCCUUCGCCAUGAUUAUCGUCUCAGAAAUUGGCGACAAAACCUUCCUCAUUGCUGCUAUCCUCGCCAUGCGCCAUCCACGGCUCGUCGUAUUCGCAGGCGCCUUCGGCUCCCUCGUCGUCAUGUCUAUCCUCUCUGCCGCCAUGGGCCACGUAUUACCCCACCUAAUCCCAAAACGCUGGACACAAAUAGCCGCAGGCGCGCUGUUUCUAAUAUUCGGUACUAAAAUGUUUAUAGAGGCACGGGGAAUGAAGUCAGGGAGCGAGAAGAUCAGCGAAGAGAUGCGAGAGGCUGAGGAGGAGAUCGAGGACGACGAGGCUGCUCAUGACGGGACAGCCAACGGACAUGGAAUACCUUUGGAGGAGAUGGAGGCUGGCCGGGCGACCUCUACACCACGGCCGCCAAAGCAGUCGCGAUUAUUAGAAGGCGCCCGGAAUUUCUGUAGCUUCUUUCUUGGCCCUGUGUUCGUGCAGGCGUUUGCCCUGACAUUCCUUGGCGAAUGGGGAGACCGCAGUCAAAUCGCGACCAUUGCAUUGGGCGCAGCACAUAAUGUAUGGGUUGUUGCUUUGGGAACUGUUCUCGGGCACUCUUGCUGUACUGCCCUCGCUGUUAUUGGUGGUCGGUAUAUAUCCAACAAGUUAUCUGUGAAGCAUAUUACGCUAGGCGGGGCAUGUCUAUUUCUACUGUUCGGUGUCGUUUACCUAUACGAGUCCUUGUUCAUGCCUACAGAUACACCAUUGUCGCAUCCCGAGCAAUAG